CAAAGCUCUCGCUUUUCCUCACAGAGAGAGAGAGAGAGAGGGAGAGGAGGUGGAGAGAUGGGAGGGGUGACCUCGUCGGUGGCGGCGCGGCUGGCGUUCUUCCCGCCGAACCCGCCGUCGUAUGAGCUGGUGAAGGAUGUGGGAACAGGGCUCUUGACUUUGAGCCGGUUCCCUCACCGAGAGAAUGUGGAGGUGAUGACCAUUCCUACUCGCCGGGGCACUGAGAUCGUCGCUGUCUAUGUCCGCAACCCUAUGGCCUCGUCUACCCUGCUGUAUUCCCAUGGGAACGCGGCUGAUCUCGGCCAGAUGUAUGAGCUCUUCCUCGAGCUUAGCAUCCACCUGCGCGUCAAUCUCUUGGGGUAUGAUUACUCUGGAUACGGUCGAUCAUCUGGAAAGCCAAGUGAGCAAAAUACUUACGCUGAUAUUGAGGCUGCUUUUAAGUGCCUUGAAGAGAACUUUGGUGCAAAGGAAGAAGAAAUUAUCCUCUAUGGACAAUCAGUUGGUAGUGGGCCAACAUUAGAAAUGGCAGCUCGGCUACCUCGAUUACGAGCUGUUGUCUUGCAUAGCCCAAUACUUUCAGGCCUAAGGGUUAUGUAUCCUGUAAAGCGCUCAUAUUGGUUUGACAUCUACAAGAAUAUUGACAAAAUUCCACUGGUAAAUUGUCCUGUGCUUGUAAUUCAUGGUACUUCAGAUGAAGUAGUGGACUGUUCUCAUGGCAAACAGCUAUGGGAACUCUGCAAGGAAAAAUACGAACCAUUGUGGCUUAAAGGCGGAAAUCAUUGUGACUUAGAGCUCUUCCCAGAGUACAUUAGACACCUAAAAAAAUUCAUUUCUACAGUUGAGAAAUCUCCGACUGAAAGAAACAGUUGGAGGAAGAGUACAGAUCGGUUUGAGCCAGCCAGAAGAAGCACAGACUGUUUUGAAGCAUCACGGAAAAGCACCGAUCGAAGAGAGAAGCCAAGAUACAGCACGGAAAAGACAAAAAGUAAUUUGGACAAGUUGGAAAAACUAAAGGUUUCAUUCGAACGCAUGGAGAAGUCAAGGAGGAGUGUAGAUUGCAUUGACAAGUCAAGGAAGAAUACUGAACAACUGGAGAGAGCACGCAAGAGUGUCGACAGGUUGGACAGAAUACGAGCUGGGUGAAAGUUUACUCACAUUGUGAAAUAUGUACAUGAGCUGAGUUUAGAAAAAUUUUAUUCAUGCGUCGUAUAUUUAUGUGUUUCAAUCAUGUUGUUUGUUUGUGGAUUUACAUAAAUAUUGGCGGAGACGACGAAAAGCUAAGUCACUGACAGGUUGUGGUUUCUUAAUCAUAGUUCAAUAAAAACCAAUUGCUAUA